CAACAACACAGUGAACGAACCAGUCAGUCUCGCCCCUCCGCUGUCGGCAGCAGCAUCAUUGUCCUCGCCGGGUCCGGUGGCAGAGAGGAUGGUCCAGCGGAACCGCAGCCGGGAAUGCGAAUGACGGUCACAGGAUAAUGGCCCUGAAUGUACGCAAGUUUCCGAAUGAACUAGUGACCAAUUAAGACGACGGUGGAAGGAAACACUGAACCAUGUUGCUCUAAGUUGUGACCUGUGGAGAACGGGGGAGGAGAAAGAGGGAGGAGGAGGAGGAGGAAGAGAGAGGUAUAAGGGAGGCACUUGCUGGAGCUCCAUUUAGGUGGCCCUUUGCAAGCCUGGAACAAUGGGAAACACAGCCACCAAAUUUCGCAAGGCCCUUGUGAAUGGUGACGAGGCCCUGGCCUGGCAGCUGUAUGAGGGUAACCCUCAGUUCAGGGAUGGUCUGGACCCGAAUGCAUCGUAUGGAGAGCAGUACCAGCACAACACACCCAUGCACUACGUGUGCCGCCACGCCAUGACACGUCUGCUCAGGUCCUUCCUGUUCAGCAAAGAAGGAAACCCCAACAAGCGCAAUGUGCACAAUGAGACAUGCCUUCAUGUGCUGUGCCAAGGCCCACAGAUCCUGCUGCUGCCAGAGGGAGCCCUGUCACCACGACUGGCCAGACCACAGAGGGACGAGCAGCGCCGUGCAGACUGCCUGCAGAUGAUCCUGAGCUGGACUGGGGCCAGGCUAGAGGGAGGCCAGUAUGAGAAGGCUAACGUUAACGCCACCGACAACCACCACAGCACCUGUCUGCAUUAUGCUGCCGCUGCAGGCAUGAAGAGCUGUGUGGAGCUGCUGAUCCAGAGCGAGGCGGACCUUUUUGUGGAGGACGAGGACAAGUUGACGCCAUGUGACCACGCCGAACGGCACCACCACACCGAGCUGGCCCUCAGCCUUGAGUCGCAGAUGGUUUUCUCCUCCUCUUCAGCUCAGCAGUCAAGCACAGACGCACAUGGUGAAACCAACCUGCUGCAGUACAAGGAGCCUUAUGAGGGGUUGAAGAUUCAGGAUCUGCGCAGGCUGAAGGACAUGUUGAUUGUUGAGACAGCAGACAUGCUGCAAGCCCCCCUCUUCACUGCUGAGGCCCUGCUUCGAGCACAUGACUGGGACAGAGAGAAGCUACUGGAAGCUUGGAUGUCUGAUGCUGAGGGCUGCUGCCAGCGCUCUGGUGUCACCAUGCCCACCCCACCGCCUAGUGGCUACAACGCCUGGGACACCCUGCCCUCCCCCCGCACUCCUAGGACUCCACGCUCUCCCCUCACUCUCACCCUCACUUCCCCCACUGACAGCUGUCUCACGCCUGGAGAGGAGGGCCUAGCCAUGUGUGGAAUCUGUCUCUGCUCCAUCUCAGUCUUUGAGGACCCAGUGGACAUGUCAUGUGGCCAUGAGUUCUGCAGAGCCUGCUGGGAGGGGUUCCUCAAUGUAAAGAUUCAGGAGGGCGAUGCUCAUAAUAUCUUCUGUCCAGCGUAUGAGUGCUACCAAUUGGUGCCUGUGCAUGUGAUAGAGAGUGUGGUUUCCAGAGAGAUGGACCAGCGAUAUCUGCAGUUUGACAUCAAGGCAUUUGUGGAGAACAAUCCAUCCAUCCGUUGGUGUCCUGCAGCUCGUUGUGAGCGGGCGGUGAGGCUGACCCGACCGGGCCCGGGGGACACUGACCCACACAGCUUUCCUCUGCUGCCCUCCCCAGCUGUUGAUUGUGGCAAGGGUCACCUCUUCUGCUGGGAGUGCCUUGGCGAGGCCCAUGAGCCAUGUGAUUGUCAGAUGUGGAGGAACUGGCUCCAGAAAGUCACAGAGAUGAAGCCCGAGGAAUUGGCAGGUGUGAGCGAGGCCUAUGAGGAUGCUGCUAACUGCCUAUGGCUGCUAACCAACUCCAAACCUUGUGCCAACUGCAAGUCCCCCAUUCAGAAGAACGAGGGCUGCAACCACAUGCAGUGUGCCAAAUGUAAGUAUGACUUUUGUUGGAUCUGUCUGGAGGAGUGGAAGAAACACAGCUCAUCAACAGGUGGCUACUAUCGCUGUACUCGCUAUGAGGUCAUCCAGCAGCUUGAAGAGCAGUCCAAAGAGAUGACUGUAGAGGCAGAAAAGAAGCACAAAAGUUUCCAGGAGUUGGACCGUUUCAUGCACUAUUACACUCGCUUCAAGAACCAUGAACACAGUUACAAGUUGGAGCAGAAGCUGCUAAAAACGGCUAAAGAGAAGAUGGAACAGCUGAGCAGAGCCUUCAUUAGCCGUGAAGGAACUCCUCCAGAUACACGCUUCAUUGAGGAUGGCGUGACUGAGCUGCUGAAGACGCGGCGCGUGCUGAAGUGCUCUUACCCAUAUGGCUUCUUCCUGCAGCAAGGCAGCACCCAGAAAGAGAUAUUUGAGCUCAUGCAGACCGACUUGGAGAUGGUUGUGGAAGAUCUGGCCCAGAAGGUCAACCGGCCGUACCUGAGGACGCCGUGCCAUAAGAUCAUCAGCGCGGCCCGUCUGGUACAGCAGAAGAGGCAGGAGUUCUUGGCAUCAGUGGCUCGUGGCGUCGCUCCCAAUGACUCUCCAGAGCCACCCCGCAGGAAUUACCCUGGAGGAUCGUGGGAUUGGGAGUACCUUGGCUUUGCCUCCCCUGAGAUGGGAAGUCGUCACUCUAUACUGGGAGCAGAUCAGAGAGAGAGACAGUCGCAGGAUUAUGCUGACAUCCAGUACCGUCGCAGACACAGACCACGGCGCAGAGGAGACAUGCUGAGUCUGCAUAGCCUUAGAAGCAGCAGCAACACACCAGAGACCAGCAGGAGGAGUGACAACACAGAAGGCACAGAGAGGGGUGAGGGUCGCAGAAGAGCGCUCGGCUCGCUCGACGAAGAUGAUCCCAACAUCCUUCUGGCCAUCCAGCUGUCGCUCCAGGAGUCGCGCCGAGAACGAGGCCUGGAGGGAGGGAUGGAAGGGAGAGUGGAUCUGGACAGAGGACAGGAGAGAAGACCGGCUCCAGCAGGAGACCUGGGUGAUGCUGCUUUGCACUCUCUCAACACGGAGGGUCCUCCAGGAGCCAGAGGCUCAUCUUUCCCCACAUCCCUCCUGGAUCCUCCUCACCCACCUAACAGGACAGACUCCACCUCUCAGCCUUCUGUAUCCAGUUCCCUCCCCCUCCCUCCGCCUCCCCCCUCCCUCAGUGCAGAGCUGCUGGAGCUGGGAGACAGCCUUAUGAAACUGGGGAAAAUAACCACUCCUUAUGACCUGGACACACAGACGCAGGAGCAGCUCAGCUCACACCACACAUACACAAACAGCACACUCGCUGCUCCUUACACCACUGAACCUGCCUACAGCAACUGCAGCCAUAGACAGGACCAGAGUGCACUGACUGCCCCAUAUGUGCUCGAUCAUAUCACCAUCACAGACCCUCGUUAUGACAGCAAAGAGCAGACUUCUUGCCACUCUAGUGCGUAUUUAGCCAAGGCUGAACAUGCUGCCUCCUGCCUUCCCACUCACAACCCCACACAUCCUAGUUCCUAUAACCGGGAAUAUGCAGCCACUUGCAACAGCACCCCUAAACCAGACAGCUCUUACAACCCCUGCCCAGAACACAGCAGCUCUUACACAGCAGAGCGCCCUGCCUCCUACGCUCUCGAACGCCCCCCUAAGUUAGACCCCCAGCCCCCUACUCAGUUGUGCCUCCCAUCUCCAGAGCUUGAACCGGAGCUGCUUCUCUCACCAGUGAUUCCCCCAGGGGGCCCUUUCACCCCAAGUGACCCUCAGAGCCUGGAGGCUUUGGACCCCACAGCCAGUGCUCAGCUGCUGGAUAACAUCAUGGCCUGGUUUAACAACAACAUAAACCCCCAGAAUAACCCGCAGAGCCUUGCUCUCAUCCCCUCCCCACCCACCACAGAGACAGACUCCUCUCCUGACACACACACUGAGACUGAGAGCCAGACUUCUGCCCCCAUUUGGCAGCCCCUGGAGGGUGAGUCAGAAGUGGGCAGAAGAUUGGCGAGUGCCCCACCGGGGGCUGCAAGUGCGGAAGGCCUGAAGACAUCGAGGCCGAGCACUCUGGAACUAGAAAAAAGAGACGCUGGAGAAGAGGGUGUGGACGCAGGGUGUGUGGCAGACCUGUCGCUGGACGAAGCGCACACACACCCGCGCUCACACUCCCAACAUGGAAACAGUCCCGCACACACUGCCCCGGCAACAGAGAGAGACUUGGAUCUUGUCCUUCAGGUAGAGGAGGACCAGUCACCUGAGGAGUGGGUGGAGCAAGAACACCUGGUGUGACAGUGACAGAACAAUGUAGAGAGAGAAGGUAGAGCUGAGAGAGAGUGAUGAAAGUGAAGGAAAGCAAAUCAGAGAAGCAUUGAUAGUUGAUGGAGGAUGUACAGUGGUGGUGCCUGUGUUAUAGAUGCAGGUAUUUGGCGGUGGAGUGUUUACUGUAUGUAUUAUACUGUAUUUAGAGAGGACUUAGAGACCUGCGGACUCUGUCCAGUAAAGAUGAUGUCAUACACAUUUUGAUUAUUUUUAAGUGCUUUUUGUCUGCUCUAAAAACAGACAAAUUAUUCAUUGAAACAAAUGAAUGGGGAGCUACCGAUAUCAUAACACACAAAAUGCUCCAUAGUGUUUGUUUUUUUUUAAUUCCUUAUUUUAAUUUAAUGCCCCGCCUCUUGUGUUUGUCUCCUAAGUUUGUUCAGGCUGAAGUUUUGGUGCUGUUCAUGCUGAAAUCCAAACUUGCCUUGUUUAACUACACUUGAUUCUCACACUAACCCAACCACAAGCCAGUUCAGAGCUCCAAGAGCCAAAUAUGAAGAUAACUGUAACUUUGGAGCCUGUUUAGCGUGCUGUACAAUCAGAGGGCCUAAUUCUGAUUUCUGGACCUUCAUGCACACUGUGCCUGUUUGCGUUAGUGCCAACACACUCCUGAUCUUGCUUGUCAGCAGGCUUGUACAUGGUCUUCUGCGUAAACGUCACGCUAUUACAUCACCCCUCUGCAAGUGAAGGUCAGAGGUCAGUCCCUGCUGCAGUGCAGCACCCCUAAAGCUGGAAAUUCAGUGGGUGCUUGUUUGCAGAGCAGAUUGAAUUGUCUGUUCUUUGUUUAUUGUUGUUUGUUUUGUUUUGUUUUGUUUUUUGCUGCUCACUGCACCACCCUGCUGCACAUUUCAUAUGUUUUGUUUUUUUAUCAAAAGUGAAGAUCCAUCUUUCAUCUGCAGAGGUUUACAGUGUUUUUCUGUCACUUUGGCUCGCCUUUUGUGCUAAAUUUCUGCACUCCUAAUUCUGUAAAUUAAAUAUGAUAAAUAUAUUCAACAGGUUUAAGGUGCGUCACACAAAUUUCCCAAUUAAAAUCACUAGAUUUUACCCUUACACCAAUCAAAUGAGCGAAUAGUUAUCAGUAAAAAGAGAUUUCAGCCGCUUUCUAGUUUUGUCUCCACAGAACGCUACUGCAAGCAGUAUUUAUACAACUGUAUAAAAAGUAUUGUUAAAAUGCUUCUUUGCUGAUUUAUUAAUCUGUUUCUUCUGUAACAAGCAGCGCAACCUGUGCUACUAUGAAACAAUUCACGUGUGACUCGGUGGGGCUCUUUGAGUUCUGCGGUUUCUGAGCCAAAGCAGACAUAAAAAAUACUGUGCAUUUAAGCAGAUCUUAAAUUUUUAUGUAAUUCUGUCAUAUCUUUUCCACUACCGAUAGCUCCUACAGUGUGCUCUAAUCGAUGGGACAUGGGUCGGGUUUCUAUUGUACUGUUUAUUCUUUUUAUUCCUUUAAUCUUUAUUAUAGAGAUGAUGUUUCUUCCAGUUGAGACCAGAGUUGCUGGGUCUGUGUGCCUUUUUCUUUCUUUCUUUCUAUUUUUUUGCUGUUUUUAUUGUAUUUGUUUAUUUGUUGCUAUUUAUUAGUGUCAUUGCUUUUUAAACAAGCUUCAUAAUGAAAGAUGAUGACAAACACACUUUAAUACUUUUUUUUUUCUUUUUCCAUUUUAUUUUCUCUCCUCCGGUUGAUCCAAGAGUAGCAGUGCCCGCAUUUUGGCCCUGAAUCAAAAAAACAGCUUUGAGGCUCUCUGAAGGAAUCCACUCCUUUUCCACAGUAAUCAGAAAUCACCUUGUGAAUGCUUUGAUUUCGUACCACCUCUGAAAUGUAACUCCUGAGCUGUCAUCAAGCCUCAAGCUUAAAACUUUAUUGCCCCAAUACAGUGUUUACAAGGGAACUGAACACUGCCUGCUGUGAUAAAGACUGAUUUGGUGCUUUGGGGACUGAAAUGAGGAUAAUCAUAAGGGUUUUAAUCCUCCUUUCAUGGCAGACAAAAGUAAAGACACCCUGUGUAAAAUCAAACCGAUUCUGUUAAAAUGAGAUCCAUCACGUAGAAAAGUCUAAUUGCCAAUUUGAUUUUUAAGCGUGUGUUUUUUUUUUUUUUUUUUUUUUUUAAGUGUGAAACCUGAAGUGAAACUGUGAAGCUACCGAACAGGUGAUGGUGGCCGACUCUCAGCAUUUCACGAAGCCCACUGAGAUGGGAGGGCAGUUGUGAUAUUUCAGACUUUGCUCCCUGAAGAAAGAGGGGGAUUUACAGGGCCACACAGUAUGCGCCGCAUCUUUGUUUUUCACAAGCAUGCUGGUGAUCGUCGAUGUGUGGUCAGGCGGUGGAGGGGACGGCGGUUUUAAUAUUUCUUUCAUUUCUUUAAAAAAAAAUAAAUAAAUCUUUCAGAUUCGUGUUAAUGGCAUCACGUGAACAGCCACAUUUGUGUUUAUGAUUUAACAGUCCCUCCUCCAACAACGUCAGAGUUUAAAAGAUUGAAAUUGCACUCUCACAGAUUAUACUUGAUACAUUCCCGGCUGGUCAAAAGAAAGGUUUGAAGUGUGGCCAAAACUAUAAAUGAAAAUGUCAGUGCAAAGUUUACUCUCAAUAAAAAGAACUGAAAGCGCA